GGAGAUGAGGGCUGAGCUAGGGUUCAGGGAAAUGGAAAGAAUUAAAAAAAACGUAGCAACCUUGUGGGCCAUAUGAAGCUGUUUACCAAAGAAACGACUGAAAACUAGCCGGCUUGAGCUCAGCGAUCCAGCGUGACCACACAUGGAGGACAGACUGAGGUUCUCCAAUGGGGGCCAAGAUGUUGACCUCUCGCUUAACUGAAAAAGUAUCCACCGCAUUGGAUUCGCCACAUUGGCAUUGACUUUUAAGGUUACUACAGGUUAAUGGCUUCCACUAAUAGCGUCUGCAUAUUUUAUCAUCCACAGCCUACAACUUAGCGGCGGUUAAUUCCAGACUUUAAUCAUUUCCGUUCCUACACUCUGUUCUUUGAACCGAUGAAGUGCUGCCGCUCUCAGGCUAAAGUGCGCUCACUAGCUAACUGAACCGCUGUUUGUCUGUGUGUGUGUGUCCAGAUCCAGGAUGUACCGGAGGCCUGAGGUCGUCCACCCCUACCACGUGGGGGUGCGGGCGCCCGUCGCCAGCACCAACGACAGCGAGGUGUCCAGCGACGCCAUGACUGACGACGCCAUGUCCGUCACGGACAGCCUAGAUGGCGUCCCUUCCUACAAGUCAGGCUCCAAGAAGCACCUUCACAGAGAGGUGGAGCGCAACCUGAGGAUGAAGCAAGUCUCCCUGCCUGCCUUCCCUUGCGACCGCCCCCCUCCCAAGGAGAUGGUUCCCGUGAAGCCCCUGGAGUUCGCCACGCAGCUCAUCGCCCGCCUGGAGCGCCUCAAGAAGGAGCAGGACACCCGCCGCUCCCUGGAGGAGCGUCUGCAGCAGAUCCAGGAGGAAGAGGAGCGGGAAGACGCCGCCGAGACCCCCGGCUCCGCCGCCCACCCCCUGGCCCUCCUCUCGGGCUCGUCCGACGACGACCCCCAGGCCAUCCUGGACGAGCACCUGUCCCGCGUGCUCAAGACCCCCGGGUGCCAGUCCCCCGCCGUCCUGCGCCGCUCCCCCCGCGCCCGCUCCCCGGAGCGCAGGGGGGGCCCCUUGGUCCCCCGCGGGGCCUCGGUGCUCCGGGCCCUGCUGUCCCCGCCGGGGGCCUCCGGCGCCUCCCCUGCCUCGGGCCCCGGUCAGGCCCCGGUCAGCAGGCAGAGCACCAAGCACAUCCACCACCACUACAUCCACCACCACCACGGCGGGCCCCGGAGCCAGGAGCAGAUGGAGCGCGAGGCGGCCCUCAGGGUCCAGGGCCUCUGCGAGGGCGUCCAGCCGUACCAGCGCAGCCGCAGCCUGGGCCGGGAGGCGUGCGGGGCUGCCGCCGCGGCCGUGGAACUCCACCACCCUGGACGCUCCAGCUCACUGUCCAGGCGCCAGUGCCGUUCAGGGGGCGACGAAGGGGUGGCCGAGGGGUCCCCAGAAGAGGCCGCCCCAUUGGUCCACCUGCCCACGGACACCUCGGAUCGCUCGCAGAAUGUCUGGCAGUGGAUGCUGGAGAGCGAGAGGCAGGGCAAGCACAGGUCUCACAGUGCCCAGAUCACCAAGAAGUCCUUUGGCGGUGGCCCGGCACACACGUGGGGCGGUGGCGGAAGCUCGGCCCUUCUGCGUAACCACCAGCCAGCCCACCCCUUCAUCCAGGACCCCGCGAUGCCACCACUGCCACCACCCAACACCCUUGCCCAGCUGGAGGAGGCCUGCCGUCGGCUAGAGGAGGUGUCAACCAAGCCCUCUAAACAGAGGCACUCUACAUCCAGUCCCCAGCGGGAGAAAAGCCACCUCGUGCCUGUCCAGAACGGAGUGGGCGUCGCCCUGUCUUCAGCCAAUCCGAGCGCAGCCAAUUUGUUCAUCGCUGCCCCUGCCCUUCUGUCAGAAGAGAUGAAGGAGGUAAGGAAGAGCUCUGCGAGCCAAAGCGUAACGUCGUCUCCGAGCGUUGCUGGUGGCUCUGGCGGCAGUGAGGCUGUGGUGACCUACUUCUUCUGUGGUGAGGAGAUCCCGUACCGGCGGAGCAUGAAGAGCCACUGCCUCACCCUGGGACACUUCAAGGAGCAGCUCCGCAAGAAGGGCAACUAUAGGUACUACUUCAAGAAGGCUAGCGAUGAGUUUGAAUGUGGCGCCGUGUUCGAGGAGGUCUCUGAGGACGGCACUCUGCUGCCCACCUAUGAGGGCAAGGUCCUGGGCAAAGUGGAGAGGAUGGAGUGAGCGGGGACCCACCACCACCACCACCACCACCUCCUACUGCUCCACCAACACAGAAGACCGGGACGGCUUUUCUCUUAAGCCGUGACCGUGUGACUGAAUUCGCUGAACUGGAGCAUUUACGGCGCAUUGCCUCUUGGCUGACUGGAUGAAAAAGAGACAGAACGAACAAAGUAAAAGAGAUGGAGAAAGAGAGAGAGGUCAUAGUCAGACCACAGCACAUUUGUGUAAAUGGUGAAAAACCCUUUCUCAAAGCAAGUCAGAAAACAAAACCAUAACAGACUCCUGAAACAGAAUACAGCCCCCCCCUUCCCCCCAUACACAAUACGGGUCGUGACCCCACGACAGACUCUUUGCUAAAUGACCACUCAUGGUGGAGGUGCGUUCCCCAGGUUCAUCCACAGACCCACGCCAGGUCGCUGUUAAUGGAUGGGCCUCUAGCCUCGUCAAUAUGGAAUAUGCAGAUAUACAUGUAAAAACAAUGAGUCUUAUUAUGAUACCUGUGUCGCUAUGUAAAGAUUUAUAUUGCUAUUUAUUGGAAGAAAUUGACCCCUCCCCCCCCACCUCCCACCACCCAUCCUGCCAUGGAUAUGCUGCUUGGGAUAGAAGACUUUUCCUACUAUCAACAUGUUAAGGGCCGCCCCCGCGGUUGGCUGUGAUUGGCUCCUGGUCCCAUGACAGGGCUGUGACUCAGAGCCCGUUGAUCGUGUCGCCAAAAUUUCCGGUUCAUUCGGUGAAGAGUUUGAAUAUUUGACUACUGCGGUGUUUGUCUGCCCUUACAAUAAUAAUAAUAUUAAUAGUAAUAAUAAUAAUAAUAAUAAUAAUAGUAAUAUCUUAAUGUUAUUUUAAAAUAAGAAAACCUAAUGUCAGAAAUUCCUCUGGGACUCCACCCAGCCGGCCUUGAACUUUAGUGCCUUGAGUUUGCGGUGGCACAGGCAUCCCACAAAACGCCUAACGUUUAUUACUUUACUUUAGCUACGCUAUGGAGUACAACCCCCCCCCCCCCCGCCCCCCCAAAAAAAGCGUUGAAUUACGUUUGCAUCAAUAUAUACAUUUUCCCAACUAAAGCUCUAUAUAUCGUGUACACAUAUAAAUAUAUAUGCUUCCCUUGUAUGUGUAAGUGUAUGGUUGUGUGUGAGGGUGUGUACAAAGUGUGCACGUGAAAGUGUGUGUGUGAAUGUACGUGCGCACAGAUGCACGGAUGCAUAUGUGCGCUUGUUUGUGUGUGCGUGACUAGGGUUAUUCUGUGUAUUGCAAGCCUGCAUGGGGAUCUGCAGAGGAUUGUGAUGGGAGUGAUGUUGUUAGUGACACGUGUCCGUAACUGAGUACAGUAACUGUGCCUACAUGGAGUCCCACGCCAUGUCUUACCCAGUUUUCAGGGUCCGAUUACUCCCUUGGUUUUCUCAAGGGGCCUUAUGUUGAAAAAUAUAUUUUUAUGCCUUUUAGUAUCCUGUUUAAUCUUGUUGUUUUAUUUUGUCUUUUUCUCCCAUGGUUCCCACUUGUAAACUGUAAAUUAUGCGUUCUAUAGAGUUCCAUUGAAAAGAUGCCUCGGUACUUUAAUUAUUGUAAUUAAGAGAUGUAGCCUUUAUUAAAAUGUUAUAUUUUUCAAAUGAAAGAAA